CUGCAAAAGCAUCGCCGCGUUUGAAAUCGCAUCCCAAAUUUGACCAGCAUGAAAAAUGGAAAAUGGAAUUUGUAAUGCUGGAGGUUGGCGCGCAAAGAAAAGAUAGAUCUGUCAUGCAUGACUACCAUUCCUAAGGUAAGAGCGCGAUGUUGUUGCAACGCAUACUCGGGACGGCGAUUUUUACGAAGUCGGGGAUUCAGGGGGCGCUGCGCGGGCCCUGGCCUUUCGCUUCGGCACGGCGCAGGCUUUCCAGAAGCGAUGGUGGGCUACGUCGCCAAGAUUGUGCUCUCGUGCCCAGAAAAAAGCAGGCCGGCUCCGACGCCCGGCCUAGGCUCCGCGCGCGCUAUUCGGGACGGCCCGCGUGGUUGUAAUUUGCGGCGCUACUUCCCCUGGAUCAAGUUAUUUGGAAGUAUAGCGCCCCCCCCCCUGGCCGCCAUGGAAGUAUAGCACCUCCCGGGCGGGCCUUUCGUUUCUGGCCAGUGCCUCGCUAGUCUGCGUCCCCCUUGGGGCCGCCGGACCUCGCCUGGAACGGUGUAGCGAGCUGCGUCCAGAUCCGCUUUUUGUUGUUUCGUGACGCUGUUGCCCCGGCCCGCGGAGCCGUUAACUGCCGCCUGCUUCGUUCCGUCCCG